AAAAAGGCCAAAAAAAAAAAAAGAAAAAGACACAAACGACAGAGCCACUUUAAGUCCACUACACCAUUUUUUCUUAGCUCUUUGAAUCAACAAUUUCAACACCAACAGCUGGAAUUCUACUCCCUCGACUUUCCUCUAUUUAUUUAUGAUUAUUGUCCUCUUCUUUUUCCCUCGUUGCUCUCCUUCUAUUAUAAAUCAUCAUUUUCAUUGUCCUUCUCUUUUUCUCUCAUAUACCCAUUAACUAAUUCCCUCCUCUUCUUCUUCUUCUUCUUCUUGUUCUUUCUUUUACUCUUCAAUUUUCCCACAUUGAAAACCCAUCCAAACACUCUUUCAGCUAAAUCCCCCAUUGUUUGCAAGCCAAAACACCAUUUCCCUGCAUGCAAACAUAGAAUUCCUCAUCUGGGUUUUCCUUCAUUUUUUCUUAUUCUCAAUCCCCAUUUUCAUCUGGAGCAACUUCUUCUUAACUUCAACAUCAGCAGGUACACGAUCACAUGGAAGCAUCAAUGGCCAUCAUAAUCUUAUCAGCUGUAACUGUAUAUUUGAUAUGGUUCAAAUUCAUCUCGCGAUCAAUGACCGGUCCACGUGUCUGGCCUGUAUUGGGCAGCCUACCUGGUCUCAUAGAGAAUGCUAAUCGCAUGCAUGACUGGAUCGCUGACAACCUCCGUGCGUGUGGCGGCACGUAUCAAACCUGUAUCUGUGCCGUUCCAUUCCUGGCCAAGAAACAAGGUCACGUGACUGUCACGUGCGACCCGAAGAACGUGGAGCACAUCUUGAGGGCCCGCUUCGAUAAUUACCCCAAGGGUCCCACUUGGCAAGCUGCGUUCCAUGAUUUGCUCGGUGAUGGCAUCUUUAACUCUGAUGGUGCCACGUGGUUGUUCCAGCGUAAAACUGCCGCACUGGAAUUCACCACAAGGACUCUUAGACAAGCCAUGGCUCGGUGGGUGAGCAGAGCCAUUAAGCUAAGAUUCUGUCCCAUCCUCAAGACGGCUCAGCUUGAAGCCAAGCCUGUGGAUCUUCAAGACCUAUUGCUUCGGCUCACUUUCGAUAACAUAUGCGGCUUGACUUUCGGGAAAGACCCAGAGACUCUGUCUGCGGAGCUUCCCGAGAACGGCUUCGCAACGGCUUUUGACCUAGCCACGGAAGCCACUCUGCAGCGAGUCAUCUUGCCUGAGAUGGUGUGGAAGCUAAGGAAAUGGCUUCGGCUUGGAAUGGAAGUCAGCUUGACUGGUAGCCUUAAAAGCAUGGAUGCAUACUUGUCCAAUAUAAUCAACACACGUAAGCUCGAGUUGCAGAAUCAGCAGAAAGAUGGAAGUGGGACCCCACACGAUGACUUGCUGUCAAGGUUCAUGAGAAAGAAGGAGUCCUACACAGAAGCAUUCCUAAAACACGUGGCACUCAAUUUCAUCCUUGCUGGACGUGACACGUCAUCGGUGGCGCUGAGCUGGUUCUUCUGGUUGGUCAUUCAAAAUCCGGAGGUGGAAGAGAAAAUCCUACGCGAGCUUUGCACGGUCCUAAUGGAGACACGUGGCAACGACCCAUCGAAGUGGGUGGAAGAUCCACUUGUGUUUGAAGAAGUUGACCGAUUGGUAUACCUUAAGGCAGCGUUGUCCGAGACCCUAAGGUUGUACCCUUCCGUGCCACAAGACUCCAAGCACGUAAUCUCCGACGACGUUUUGCCGAGCGGUGCAUUUGUUCCGGCGGGGACGUCGGUCAGCUAUUCGAUAUAUGCAAUCGGUCGGAUGAAAUACAUUUGGGGUGAAGAUUCUCUAGAAUUCAAGCCAGAAAGGUGGUUAUCACCAGAUGGCAAAAAUUUUGAGGUACAAGAUUCAUUCAAAUUCGUGGCCUUCAAUGCAGGUCCAAGAAUAUGCUUAGGCAAAGAUUUGGCAUACUUGCAAAUGAAGUCUAUAGCCGCAGCAGUGCUGUUGAGGCACCGACUCACUCUGUCCCCGGGUCAUCGUGUGGAGCAGAAGAUGUCACUGACAUUGUUCAUGAAAUAUGGCCUGAAGGUUAAUGUGCAUCCGAGGGACUUGAAGCCAAUCUUGGCAGGUAUUUGCAUGAAUAAGCUGCAGGGUGAGUCUUACCUUAAUGAAGGGGUUGAGAUGGUAGCUGGGGUUGCUUAGCUAAGGCUUCGUUUGGUGCUUUUUAAGUUGAGUGUGAAUACGAUGCCUAAUAAGAAAUAUAAAAUUGAUUAAGGGGUCAAUUAAUUAUUUGCAAAACUAUACGUGUCUCUUAUAUAUGAUUCAUCUUUUUUUAUAUAUUGUGGGGACUUAAAAAAACUAAGGUAGGGUGUGUUUAUUAGCGUCUUUCACAUGCACAAUCGAGGGACAACGGGGGUUGGGGAUGGUCUAAUUAAGGUAUAGGUUUUAUAUAUGAACCGGUUUAGGUCUCUUUCACCUUUAUAUGUAGCUAUUUAUAUAGCUAUACAGGUACAAAGACUACUCAUUUCUUGAUAGUUUUUGGGUCAUUAUAUAUAGGGUUUGUGAUGCUCUAUGGAAAAAAAUAAAAUAAAAAAUAAAAGGCAUCAUCUCCAAUAUCCAACCUUUUUUUUUUUUUUCUUUAAUUUUCUUUCUUUUGGGGGAGUUAUGUGUAAUAUUACUUAAUAAUGUUGAAUAAAGAAAAAAAAGGCAAAUUCAUGUUGACUACUUAGCAAACAUUUAGAAAGUCUAGUUUGGUACUAUUCAAUGAUGACAUUGUUUCCAAUGGUUUUAUGGAAAGCCGAAUGAGGUUACAUAUAUAGAUAGAUACAUGAA